UGUAGAUAAAUGUGUCACACGGGUGUAAAAUGAUAACCAUCAUUUGACACACAAAGAACUUUCCCACAUAAAAAAAAAAUCGAAAGCACUCAACUGAAGAGGUCCAUAUUUUCUCUUGAUAUCUAAAUGUUCCUCCCUCACUGGUUGGCGUCAAAGAGAUGACACACCAGACAACAGAUAUAUGAGCGCCUUUGGACAACACCCUGCAUCAAUCGUAGGAGUCAAGAUAGAAGAACAUACCAAACCGAGUUCUUGCGUUUGCUGGUCAGCAUGGACAGAUACUUCUUGCCACUUAACUCAACCUCUGUUUCUGCACAAGUCCCUCACAACACCACAGUUAAUGUCAACGCCACUGUUAAACAUUUUAGCGUGUUUGAUGGCUGUGAGAGGUACUUUGAGGGAGUUCUGUUUGACCUUACCGUACAAAUCAUCAAUGUGAUCGUGGGAAUACCUGCCAACUUGCUUGUCAUUGCAAUUCUUGUCCACAAUCGCAAAGAACCGUCCACUUCAGACCUGUUCCUGGGUUGCUUGGCCUUCAUGGAUGCCUACUUUGGCACCAUGACCCCCCUCAACUUUUUAAAUCUUUACAUCUGGCAUAGCAAAGAGGUCUGGGCAGCUGUUAAGUUUUCCUUCGGUGUUAAAGACACGAGCGGCCCACUGUUUCUUUCUUGCAUCUGCCUGGAUCGAUUUGUGGCAGUGCUCUUUCCGAUCACAUUUGGGCAGCUUAAACCCAUCAAAUACAGAUUAAACCUCACACUGCUGGUACUCUGUCUCACCUUUGCCUACUCUACAGCCAAGAUGGUGGGCGGUUUUCCUAACUUCGAGAAGGUGUUCACCGGCGAGGUCCUUGCAACUUUUACCUGGAUGGUGGUCUGUAAUGCCAGCAUCUUAUGGGUCCUGAAGAAAUCUCGUGGCGCCGGGAAAGACGACAUGCAUCCCAUGAAGAAGAAGGCUUUCAACAUGGUGCUCUCCAUCCUCCGUAUCAUUAUUUUCAACUAUUUGCCCCUUGUUGCACUGUUUCCGUUUGAAGAUCAUUACACCCCCGAUGUGUUUCGUUGCUAUGUGCAGCCCGUUGGCUUUGCUUUUCUAAACAUUAGCAGCACUAUCCAACCACUUGUCUACUUGUCCCGUCUGGAGAAGGUUCCUUUCCUUCCAGAAGCUUGCAUUAAGAAGUUCACUUCCUGCAUCACCACAGAAAAAAAUAAAAAUAUAUCCACACAAAAACCAACAGCUUAG